CAAUUGACAUUAGUGAUGAAAGAGCAUGUACAGAAGAAGUAAAAAAUAAAAUUAAUGAAAUUAUAAAAUAUGUAAUAAAUAAAAGAAUAAAAAUAGUAGCAAUUGUAACUAAUAGUCAUUCAUUAUAUGUUACAACAAGAAAACAGCUUCAAGUUGAAAACCCAUAA